AUGGCGACGACAUCUCAGCCCCCCUUGCGAUUCACCACGCAUCACAACCUUGUCUAUCGCCUGGUCCUCUCAACCUUGACCGGCCACACAGUCCACAUCUCGCAAAUUCGCUCCUCCUCACCCACAAAUCCUGGUCUGGCGCCGCACGAGAUUUCUUUCCUGCGCCUGCUCGAAGCUGUCACCAAUGGCUCCCAAAUGGAAAUUUCGUAUACCGGUACGAUUCUUGUGUACAAGCCGGGCUUGAUCACUGGUAGUGCCACCGGCGUCGGUGCUAGCGGCGGCGUGAUCACACAUGAACUUCCUUCAAACUGCAAUCGCGGGUUGAGUUAUUUCUUGAUUCCACUAUGCCUGCUGGCACCGUUUUCGAAAGCACCUCUGAAGGUCCUUUUCACCGGACCCGGCGUGAUUACUUCCUCGACCCCAACAGGCGAUAUGUCUGUCGACAGCGUUCGAACCGCGAUCCUUCCCUGGUACAACCAGUUUGGAAUGUUCAACAACGUCGAGCUGCGCAUUUUGAAACGCUCCAACCCCGGUCCCAACGGCCGCGGCGGCGGCGGUGAGGUUCAAUUCACUUUUGGCCAUCAGAUUCGCCUACCCAAGACCCUGCAUCUUAUGAACCCGGGCCGUAUCAAGCGCGUCCGCGGUGUCGCAUACGCGGUUGGUGUGUCCGGUUCCAACAACGCCCGCAUGAUCGAGUCUGCCCGUGGCAUCCUUAACCCGCUCAGCCCGGACACUUAUAUCUUCUCCGACGUCUCAUCCGCGCCCCUCGUGUCCGCGCCGGAUAAGAACAACGCCAAUGCUAAGAAGAAGAUCGGUCUCGGCUUCGGUCUAUCUCUCGUCGCCGAGUCUUCAACCGGCUGUCUCUUCUCCGCCGAUGUUGCCUCCCCGCCUUCUGGCGGUGAAGCCCCUGAAGAUAUUGGCAAGAAGUGUGCUUUCCAGUUGCUCGAGACUAUUUCCAAGGGCGGCUGUGUCCCACCGGCUGCGGCUACGACUAUGUUGACUCUUAUGACUAUGGGCUCCGAGGAUGUGGGUCGUCUGCAGGUUGGUCGUGAGGUUAUUGCCGACCCUAAUAUGAUCCAGCUCGCCCGUGAUCUGGCUAAAUUUGGUGCUCCCGGCUGGGGCAUCCGGGAUGCUGCUGGUGAAAACGAGGAUGGCGAUGUGAUCGUCAGUGUGGUUGGUCGUGGAAUUGGCAACGUCGGCAGGAAGGUUGCUUAA